AUGCGCUCGAUCACCCUCCUGGCUACAUUAGCCACAAGCGUCCUCUCGAUCGCACUCCCUCAAUCCUCGGAUGGUGUUCAGCUCCCACUAGUGAUCUGGCACGGUCUCGGCGAUGACUUCCAGCGCGAAGGCCUGGCCCAGGUCGUCGAACUAGCCGAAUCCACCAACCCAGGCACCUACGUUCACCUCAUCCACCUGGCAGAGGACGGCAGCGGUGACCGCUCAGCCACAUUCUUCGGCAACGUCACGCAGCAAAUCGAAGUAGUCUGCGAACAGCUAGCCAGCGACCCUAUCCUCAGCACUGCACCUGCCAUCAACGCCCUGGGCUUCUCGCAAGGUGGUCAAUUCCUGCGCGGAUACAUCGAGCGCUGUAAUGCGCCGCCAAUCCACAACCUCGUGACGUUCGGCAGUCAACACAAUGGAAUCUCUGAGUUCGAAUCCUGCAAAGCGAAUGAUUGGAUUUGUAAUGGUGCCGAGACACUUCUGCGCUCGGGGCGAUGGACGAAUUUCGCGCAGUCUCGCGUCGUGCCAGCGCAGUAUUUCCGUGAUCCUCGGGAGCUGGAUCUGUAUCUUGCUCACAGCAACUUCCUGGCUGAUAUCAACAACGAGCGCGAAGAGAAGAACGAGACGUAUAAGAAGCAUUUAUCGUCCUUGAAUAGAUUCGCCAUGUUCAUGUUUGAUGAGGAUACCGUUGCUGUUCCGAAGGAGAGUGCGUGGUUCUCGGAGGUCAAUGCCACUACUGGUGAGGUGACUGCUUUGCAGGACAGAGAGAUCUAUCUGGCGGAUUGGUUGGGCCUCAAGAAGCUUGAUGAGGCUGGGCGCUUGCACUUUAGGACGACGCCUGGUCAGCAUAUGCAUUUGUCCGAGGAUGUGCUGCGUGGUGCUUUCGAGGACUACUUUUCUCCGUUGGGGAAUGAGUGGCAUGCGCCUGGUCUGAUUGUGCAGCGCGACUCUUGA